AUGAAUAAUCCUCCAUAUCAGCCGUACGGUGGUCCGACACAGCGGAAUGUGCAGCAGCAAGCACAAACUCGACAAGCGGCACCAUUACAUCCCUUUCAUUCGGCCCAAGCAAAUGCGCCGCUCUCGGGCAGUGGCGGCUUAGCCUUCACUCGCAGUGUUAACAGCGGACCACCUUCCGCAGGAAGUUUGAAUCCACCACCUCCACCAAACCAUAUGGGAGGUGGAUCACAUGGCUUCGUGCCGAGCCGCAAUAUAGUGUCCGGUCCCUCGGCUCCACUUUCGCAACAAAGUGGCAGACAUCCAACACCCAUGAGCGGCGGCCCGAGUUAUGGCUCACCAAUAGGAUAUCCAGCUACUGGGCAGCAGCCACCGAUGAUGCAUGGACCACCUGCGGGUUUGACGCCUCCAAUUAGUCAAGGAAUGCGAGGUCCAACCGGAUCCGCAGCCAUACCACCUAACGGACUCACCGAGCAGUUUUCAAACAUGGGUAUCAACAACGGACCACCCGGUAUGAGCACGAAUGGGUUUUCUAGAGGCCCUCCGUCAAUUGGAGCUUCACUGCCACCUAUGGGCGGAAGCAUGGCACCUCCUGCCAAUGAUUAA